UGGUGUUUUUUAGUAAUUUUAUUCAAAAUGAGACUUUAUUUAAAGAAAUUCCUGGUAGUAGGUCUAGUUUUCUUAUUUAUUAUAUCGGUCAUGUUCUUUUUUAACGGGAACGAGGGACCUAUAGUGAAAAAAAGUGUCAAAGUAGAGGACAUAGAAACUAGGAUCAACAAAUUAGAGGAAAUCAUGGACAAUCAACUGACUGAGAGUGGUAAAUUGUUGCAAAUGGUUGUGGAGCGGAUUAGGAAGAAAGAAGAGGGACCCAAGGCGGAGGGUGUAGUGAAUUAUCUGCGAGCUCCUGACAUUGCAAAGGCCGAGUCUAAAGAUACAGUACUACCGGUGCUCGUGAUAGCGUGUGACCGCGUCACCGUCAAGCGGUGUCUGGACAACCUCAUCAAGUUCAGACCAAGUAAAGAGACGUUUCCCAUAAUCGUCAGUCAGGACUGCGGCCACAACGCCACAUACCAAGUGAUCAGAUCCUUCACAGACGCCGACCCUUCCAUCACCGUAGUCCGCCAGCCCGAUUUGUCGGAGAUACCCCUCGAACGUACCAACAUCAAGUAUAAGGGCUACUAUAAGAUAGCGCGGCAUUUCAAGUUUGCGCUGAACCAUGUGUUCAAGACUUUGGGACACGAGGCUGUGAUUAUCGUUGAAGAUGAUCUUGACAUUUCGCCGGAUUUCUACGAGUACUUCCAAGGCACAUAUCCUCUCUUACUGAAGGAUUCUAGCAUAUGGUGCGUGUCAGCGUGGAACGACAACGGCAAGAAGCAGCUGGUGGAUCUCUCAAGACCAGAACUCCUCCAUCGUACAGAUUUCUUCCCAGGACUCGGCUGGAUGCUGCGAGCGGACUCCUGGGCCGAGCUCGAACCUAAAUGGCCUAAAGCGUUUUUCGACGAUUGGCUCCGUGACCCGGUGAACACGCGAGCCCGUGCGUGCAUCCGGCCGGAGAUAUCCAGGACUUAUUCAUUUGGCAAGGCGGGCGUCAGUAAAGGCCUGUUCUUCGACAACCAUCUGCGCUACAUCGUUCUCAACUCGGAGUUCGUUGAGUUCACCAAAAGGGAUCUCAGUUAUUUAUUAAAGGAAAACUACAAUCACAACUUUACAAGAUACGUGUACUCCCUCCCUGAGACAACGGCGGAGGAAGUGAUGGCGGGUGCGGCGCCUGCCCCCUCCGUGAGGGUGUCCUAUUCUAACCCCAAGACGUUCCACAAGUCGGCCAAGCGGCUCGGCCUCAUGGACGACUUUCGGAGCGGAAUACCCCGGACGGCGUACCGAGGCGUAGUCCAAUGCUCAGUGAAAGACCGACGCGUGUACCUCGCGCCAGACUUCACGUGGACGCAGUACGACCGUACGUGGGAAUAGCGAACGUAGACACGCGUAGAUAGUCUUAGAUUACAAAGUAACCCAAUGUCCUUUUUUUAGGACAACAACUAAUUUAUCAACACUUCUCCGACUGCGAAUUUCCUUUUUGUAGGACACUGGGUCUCUAUUUCAUUUAUAGAGUUUAAAAGUGACAAACAUUUUUUU